AUGGUUUCAAUUCAAAACAUUUUUUCUUCAAUUGCUUUUGCUGUAUUAGCUCAAAGUGCUGUUAUCCCCAAUGAUACAAGUUUAUUAAAUCAAACAAAUUCAACAGGAUUUGUUACAUUAGAUUUCGAUGUUGUUAGAAAGCCAUUAAAUUCAACAGCAAUUGCUCAACAUCCAAUAAAAAGACGCUCUAUCCCACUCCAAUUAUCCAAUGAUGGAACUCAAUACCUUGCCAAACUUACUGUUGGUUCAAAUAAACAAAGCAAUACUGUAAUUGUUGAUACUGGUUCAAGUGACUUAUGGUUUAUUGAUUCAAAUGCAAAAUGUGAAGGUGAAGACAACAAUUGUAAAGCUUCAGGUACUUUUAACUCUAAAACAUCAACCUCUUAUUCAAAUUUGGGUGGUGUUUUUCAAGCAAAUAUGAUGAUGGUUCAGGAUCAAGUGGUACAUGGGGUAAAGAUACUGUUGGUAUUGGUUCAGUUUCAAUUAAACAACAGUUUGGUGAAGUUAGUGAUACUUCAGUUGAGGAACGUAUUCUUGGUAUUGGUUUUACAGCUUCAGAAUUUUCAGAUACCAAAUAUCCAAAUGUUCCAGUUACGUUGAAAACAUACAAGGUCAUAUUAAGACUAAUGCUUACUCACUAUAUUUAAACGCACCAACAUCCAAGACUGGUACAAUAAUCUUUGGUGGUUUGGAUACAGCUAAAUAUUCUGGAAAAUUGAUUGCUGAAACAAUUACUAGAAAUACUGACUUAACUAUAGAAUUGAAUUCAUUAAAUUAUAAUGGUCAAACAGUUUCAAUUAAUCAAGAUGCUUUGCCUGACUCAGGAACUACUUUAACUUAUUUACCAGCAAAUGUUGUUAAAUCAUUAGCUAAAAAAGCAGGAGCUACGUCUGAAACUGAUAGUGAUGGAAAUGUUACUUGGCAUGUUCCAUGUAAAUCUUCAACUUCCGGUAAUGCUGUUUUUUCAUUCCCAAAUGGUGCUCAAAUAACUGUUCCAUUGAGUGAAUUUGUUAUUGAUGAAGGUGAUGGAACUUGUAAUUGGGGUAUUCAACAAGCAGAUGAUAUUAUCCUAUUGGGUGACAACUUUUUAAGACAUGCAUACACUGUUUUCAACAUUGAUGCAAAGACUAUUUCAAUUGCUCAAGUUAAGUACAGUACAACUUCAAAUAUUGUUUCAAUUUAA